GCGAGCCCACUCCCAGCCGGCACAGUCCAAUUGUCCACAGCUCCACAUGGCUUCUCCUCCCCGGCACCUGCUCCCCCUCCUCCUCCUGCUCGCCCUCCUCGGGACCUCGUCGGCGGCGGCGGCGCCGGGCGUCAUCCGGCUGCCGCGCGCCGGGGCCUGCGCCACGCCGGCGGACCCAGCCGUCUACGACCGCCCCGUGAUCGGCAUCGUCACGCACCCGGGCGACGGCGCGGCCGGGAGGAUCGACAACGGCACCUCCACCUCCUACAUCGGCGCCUCCUACGUCAAGUUCGUCGAGGCCGGCGGCGCCCGCGUCAUCCCGCUCAUCUACAACGAGCCCGACGAGCGCCUCCUCGAGAAACUCAGUUUGGUGAACGGCGUGCUGUUUACUGGUGGAUCAGUAAAGAGGGGUCCAUAUUUUGAGACGAUUAAGAAAGUGUUUCAGUAUGUCUUGGACAAAAAUGAUGCAGGAGUUCCAUUUCCAUUGUUUGCACAGUGUCUUGGCUUUGAGCUUGUAAGCAUGAUUGUGAGCAAGGACAAUAAUAUUUUGGAGUCAUUCCACGCCUCAGAUCAAGCAUCAACUCUUCAGUUCCCCAAUUAUUCUUCACUCCAGGGAUCAGUGUUUGAAAGAUUUCAUCCUGAUCUCAUCCAGAAACUCAGCACCAGUUGUCUUGUCAUGCAAAAUCACAAAUAUGGUAUAUCUCCGAAGAGAAUGCGAGAGAAUGAUGCCUUAUCAAGUUUCUUCAAGAUUCUGACCACAUCCCCUGAUGAAAACGGUGAGGUUUACAUCUCAACCGUCGAAGCACAGAAAUACCCAAUCACUUGCACUCAGUGGCAUCCUGAGAAAGCCAUUUUCGAGUGGGGUAAACCAAUGAUCCCACACAGCGAGGACGCGGUACAAGUGACUCAAAAUUUUGCCAACUAUUUUAUCAGCCAAGCCCGCAAGUCUCCCAACAGGCCUCCUGCUGACAAGGUGCUGGACAACCUGAUCUACAACUACAGCCCUACAUUUUCCGGGAAAACCUCGAAAUCCUUCGAGUUGGUGUACCUCUUCUCCUGAGGCUGGAGCCGACGCUUGCAGCCGCGGUUCUUCUCUCACUGUGCUGUACAUUACAGUAUUGUGUACCAUGUGGUGUAUUAUUGUACUGAUGAGACCUUCGGUUCAGUGGUGUAGAUCAUUUGUAACCUUGAUGUGAUGUUUCGGUUUUCGGAGUGAAUAAGAGCAUCCUCCUCCGAGGUGUUGUUCAUCUUGUAUUAUCACAGUAGUCAGUACGUUCGCCAUUGACUGAUGCUCAGUUCAGUGGUACAGAUCAUUUGUAAACAAUGGUUGUCAGUAUCAGCGUUCAGGAGGAGCGUCGCUAGUUGUGACGUUUGCCAUUUUCGGAAUAAAAAUAAGAGCAUCCUCUUCCUAA